CCCGCCGCCGCCCGCUCUGAUUCUGCGCAUAGGCAGCCCCCAAGCCUGUCAUUCUGCAAAAACACAGUUUACUCAACACACCACACACACUCGCACACACACGCGCGCACACACACGCGCACACCGGCCCCCGCGCGCACACGCACGGAGGGCGCGAGCGAGCAGACGCGCACACCGGCGAGCCAAGUUCCGCAGCCUGGCAUGGCUUCUGGGGACCUUUACGAGGUUGAAAGGAUUGUAGACAAGAGGAAGAACAAGAAAGGAAAAUGGGAGUAUCUUAUCCGAUGGAAAGGCUACGGGAGCACAGAGGACACGUGGGAGCCGGAGCACCACCUCUUGCACUGUGAGGAGUUUAUCGAUGAGUUCAAUGGGCUGCACGUGUCCAAGGACAAGCGCAUCAAGUCAGGGAAGCAGUCCAGCACCUCCAAGCUUCUGCGUGACGGUCGAGGCCCCUCAGUUGAGAAACUCUCCCACAGACCUUCGGAUCCUGGAAAGAGCAAGGGGACCUCCCAUAAACGGAAGCGAAUUAACCCUCCCCUCGCCAAGCCAAAAAAAGGGUAUUCGGGCAAGCCUCCUGCAGGAGGCGACAGGGCCGCCAAGACGGUGUCUUACAGGACUACCCCCAGUGGUUUGCAAAUAAUGCCCCUGAAAAAGGCUCAGAACGGGAUGGAAAACGGGGAUGCCGGCUCUGAGAAGGACGAGAGGCACUUUGGAAACGGGUCCCAUCAGCCUGGCUUGGAUCUGAAUGAUCACGUUGGAGAGCAAGAUGUGGGCGAAUGUGACGUGAACCAUGCCACGCUGGCGGAGAACGGGCUCGGCUCUGCUCUGACCAACGGGGGAUUGAACCUGCACAGUCCGGUGAAGAGGAAGCUGGAAGCGGAGAAGGACUACGUCUUUGACAAGAGGCUCAGGUACAGUGUCCGCCAGAAUGAAAGCAACUGUCGGUUUCGAGACAUCGUCGUGCGGAAGGAAGAAGGGUUCACGCACAUCCUGCUGUCCAGUCAGACCUCUGAUAACAACGCCCUGACACCUGAGAUCAUGAAAGAAGUCCGGCGGGCGCUCUGCAACGCAGCCACGGACGACAGCAAACUGCUGCUCCUCAGCGCAGUGGGGAGCGUGUUCUGCAGCGGCCUGGAUUAUUCCUACCUAAUUGGCCGGUUGUCCAGUGACCGGCGGAAGGAGAGCACUCGGAUUGCAGAAGCCAUCAGGGACUUUGUGAAGGCCUUUAUCCAGUUCAAGAAGCCUAUCGUGGUGGCCAUCAACGGGCCAGCCCUGGGCCUGGGCGCCUCCAUCCUGCCCCUCUGUGACAUCGUGUGGGCCAGUGAGAAGGCCUGGUUCCAGACGCCCUACGCCACCAUCCGCCUCACGCCUGCCGGCUGCUCCUCCUACACCUUCCCCCAGAUCCUGGGCGUCGCACUGGCCAAUGAGAUGCUGUUCUGCGGGCGGAAGCUCACCGCCCAGGAGGCCUGCAGCAGGGGGCUGGUGUCACAGGUCUUCUGGCCCACCACAUUCAGCCAGGAGGUCAUGCUACGGGUCAAGGAGAUGGCAGCCUGCAGCGCCGUGGUGUUAGAGGAGUCCAAAUGCCUUGUGCGGAGCUUCCUGAAAUCGGUGCUGGAAGACGUGAACGAGAAGGAAUGCGUCAUGCUCAAGCAGCUCUGGAGCUCCUCCAAAGGCCUGGACUCCCUCUUCAGCUACCUGCAGGACAAAAUUUACGAAGUCUGAGGGGUCCCGGCUCCUGGGCCCCCAACUUCCAGCUCUGCCCUGUGUUCUGGAAACCGGAGCACAGUGCCUGCCCCGGCCAGGGAGUUUGUCGAGCUGUCUCUUUAUGCCUAGGGUUGUGUCCAUUUCCUCGUGUCCUCUGGUUGCGCCUCAUUGGUUUGAUUUUGUGUCAUGGGUGGAAAACGCAGCAUACUUGGCCUCCCCCACAUCCCUGCCCUACCUGGACAGAGAGCUCUCCAGGGCUGUAUCUUCCCAGGGUUCCGCCAAGCACUGCUGUCCUUUCCCCACUUGCUGAAAUGCACCAUCACGGUCCAGGAAGGGGAAGACCACUUUCCCAUUCUUCUGACUCAGGCUGUGUCUAGACAGUGCCUCUGACCUGGAGACUUGGCCGUCAAGCCUCUCUCUGGUUGUAUUUAGAUCGGGUGUCAGAGGAUCACCUAUCUUAGGGAAUGUCCAGACCAAUGAGCAAAACGAUUGUGCACACCUGGCUUCAGUCUCCCUCCAGUGCAAAUCUGUGUGACUAUUAGGGCUUGGUCUUAAAACCCAGUUGAGUGAUUUACAAACCCAGAUAUUGUACAUUUAGAAAUGUUUUGUUAAAUAUAUAUUUUUAAAACAAUGUAAGUGGAAAUUCUGAUAAUUUAUGUGUAUUAUAUGUAAAGCUAGUUUUGCAAAAACAAACUACUAGGGAAAUGUUUUUUCUUUCCUUGGACUGACUUUAUUUAUUUAUUUUUGUUUAUAUAUUGUGAUGUCUGUUGUUCACACAGAUACUAUUUUCAUACUGCCCUGGACCAAAUCCCACACGAGGUUCAUGCCGUUGGGUGCAUUCUAGCAAUGAACCAUGUAAAAAUAAAGUUCAGAGAGAUGAAAACAGAAGGAUUUCUGUGGACAGGAGGAAUAGCACUGCACCUGUGUGUGUAAAACGGCUCUCAGCUGUAAUAAUAUAAUACUAGUUCCUUAGGUUUGUCCUUAGGAGACGUCUUGGGAGAGUCUUCUCUUCCCUCUGCUGUCUUUAAGGAGAUAAAGGACCCUCUCAGCCUGAAUGAUCCUGGAACAGACCCAGCCCCUAAUUGUGUGAUGUCGGGAAGGGGUGGGGAUAGGCCUUACCUGGAAAUAGCAUAUUGUCUAUCUAGAGUAAGACUUUUUUCUUUGGGGCACAUGACUGAAGUUGGAUUCUGUAGUCUUUUGCUUCCAUGUGAUCAGUGAUUUCUGGUAUUGGCCUCCCAGGGGCUUGGGGAAGAGUUCCCACUCUGCUGAGCUGUCUGGAUGUCUGAGUCUUUCCCCCCAGAAGCUGCAAUGACCCAUCUUUUUUUCUAGUUUUUUAUACACAUAAGGAGCAAUGACCAGGGGAGAGACCUCCUUGCCCCAGUAACCCUGGGCUGCAAGGGCUUCCAGCAGCCGUGUUAGACCAUCAGACUCAAGUCCCUGGAUAAGCUACAUACAGAAAAGGAAGGGUUUGGGGUUGUGGUUUUGGGUGGUGAGGAGAAAAACAGAAACCUCAAGUUGAGAGCAGACAAAUGGAAGGAGUGUGUUCUGCAUGAGGUUUAAACCAUGGGUCAAGCAGCCAGAGAAAUUUAGAUUCUCAAAUUCUCAGGAUGGAGGGAUUUUUUCCCAUUUUCCCUCACAGCCCAUGAGUAUUCCUGGAGGCCCUCCCUCUCUUCACCUUUCCUGUUGGGUACCAGCGUUCCUUGGCCCUUCUUUGGAGAGAGAGGUGGGCACAGGUGUUGGAGGUGAAGCGGGCUCAGAAGAGAGUCCUGGUGACAGUUCUCUUAACUCUCUGUGGUCCUUCAACUUCUCCUCCCGGCGACUGGGUGCACUGGGCACGGCAGGUGCAAUAUAUUCGUGGCCCUGAGCUCUUGAGUUUCAGAGAACAGGUUGAUUGUCUACACUAGAUCUAGAGACGUGGUUUUUAAGCAGUGACCCUCAAGUUUAUCUGUACCACUGGUCCUUCUGAUGACCUUGGUUCCCUCCCUGCAAAGCCUUUCUCCUUGAAGAGUUUGUGAGGGUCAGGAAGGCGGGGAAACCUCUCCUUCAGCCAGAGGAGGAUUGAAGUCCUUUGCAUCCUCUUUUUUUGUCGAUGUAGGAUCCUAUAAAGACUGCAGACCUACCCUACAGAGAGUUACUAUAGGGAGACACGUUUUUUCCCAAAUGCCUGUUGUCGCGGCUCUACCUGGAUUCCCCUUGUCUCCAAGCUUUACCUUGUUUCCUUUGAGAAAGCAAAUGUGAACUUGCCAAAACACUUAGUUGAACCUGGUUCUUGUAUGUUGUGGCAGAUAGUGUUUUCAUACUGCUACAUUCUUGUUCGAAAGAACCUCUUCAUUUCUGUUGAGAUUCUGACUGGGUGCAGUUAUAGUCAACAUCUGUUGAAGUAGGGUCAGGAUUCUCCUUGAAAAUGUAAGGGGAUGUUUAGAAAUUCCUUUAGAUCAGUGUCUACCUUUGUUCCCUGUGAAACGUUUCAGGUUUGGAUGAGUUAUCAAAUCCAGACUUCUAAACAUUUCAAGGAUCUCUGAUGAUUAAGGCAGGAAUAUGAACUCAUCCCUAAGGUGGAAUUCAUGCUGUUAAUUCCUAGCUCCUGUAUAACGGGGUGGUGAAAAUCUGUAUUUUGGUUGUUUGCAUACAGCCAGUUCCACCAGUUGGGUGAAAGUGGGUGCAAUCUGUUUGCUGCAGGGUAGACUGAAUUUUUCACUUUUUCAGUAGUUGUUUUGACAAUGCGUAGGCAAAUUCCAGGUAACUUACAGCAAAUCGAUCUGGGAUGGAAAAGACCAGACCUCUAAUUGUGUCAGGGUUUAUCCUAAUAGCUUUCCUGAGAUAGGGCUCAGACUUUCGUUCUUGAUCUUCCACCCUAGGGCCCCCUGUGUAUCUAAGGGAUCAUUUCUCCCCUCUCUCUAGCAUUUUCCUCUACCUUCUCCGGUAAGUCACUCCCAAGAGCCUGGGCGGGUCUUUCAGGAAUUGCAGCUCAUCUUGGCAGCCCCGUCCUGCGAUUACCUUUAGGUUUGGAAGAAUAGCUGUGGGUGGGCAAUUGAGGGCACCUCUUUAGUCAAGGACCUGUCUAGCAGUCCGCUCCCUCCCGUCCGUUAGCCAUGCAGUGGAACUCGCCUUCCCUCUCUGCCCCAACCCCAACGAUGGCUCACUCCUAGCACUUCAUGGGACCAUCUGAGUUAACAGCCCUGUCCCAAGAGGACUUUGUGCAGAACAUUUGUUAAGGUGGUCAGACCUCAGCACCAUCUGGAAGACACAGCCUAAUGCUGAUGUACUUAUAGGCCCCUUCCAGCAUGGAAGUAACGUCUGUCGGUAACGGCCAUCAAAGUCACUGUCUAAGAAUGACAUUGCAUAACUGUGAGAAAGUAGUAGAGAAUUGACUUAAAAUAUUAUUCUUGUUUGGUAUAGAUUAAACUAGGAAAUGUUCUCUCUGAAGCAUGAAAAUGUUUUUCCCAUGUGAAGUUUAGUAUAAGGAUGGGAAAAUAAUCAUCACAAUAGACUUUGAACAAUGCAACUGUAUCUCUGAAUAUCCACAUUUAAAAAUAGCCUUCACUGAAUGCUGAAUUGCAUUUCCCAUUAUUGUUGGUUUAAAAAAUUUUGUAAACUUUGUUUUUAAUUUCGAAUUUAGUCACGUCCAUGAAAUUUUCCAAUCUAGUUUCUGUGGAAAUUUUUUUAACAGAGAGAAACAAAUAGAAACAUCUUCAAAUCCUCCUAAGUGAAUAUUUAAAUUGCAGAGUUGCUUAUCUUCUGU